AUGGAUGAUUGCGAUCUUGAUCUUAUCGAUGAGCUUUGCUCAUCCUUUUGUACACCACGCACGAGUCAAAAAACAAAUGAAAAUAAUACACCAAGUGUAAAUGAAUCCUUAUCUCUAUCAAAUCGGAAACGUACAUCGACAUGUAAUCCACUCGACAGUUCGAAAAUCAAGAAAGCUUGUUUAUCCGAUGUAUCUAAUAGAUCAAUUGUCGAUGAAUAUGAUGAAAUCAGUACACUUGAUGAAUCAGCACUUCAAAUGCUUUGUGAAGAAUGGGAACCGCGAUCACAAUUUCCAACUUUACUGACUCGUGUUGCUGAUCUUCUUGAAAAAUAUCGAAAUAUUCAAUCUUUUCAUAAUUGGCAGAAAAAAUGCCUCGAUUUACCAGCUCGUCGAAAAAAUCAAAAUCUAAUAUAUACUCUUCCAACCAGUGGUGGCAAAACAUUAGUUGCUGAGAUUAUGAUGCUAAAUUGUUUACUUCAUCGACGUCUUGAUGCUAUUUUUAUUUUACCAUUCGUUGCAGUUGUUCAAGAGAAAGUACGAAGUCUUCAACCAUUUGCCGAUGAACUUGACUUUCAUCUUGAAGAAUAUGCAGCCAGUAAAGGGCGUUAUCCACCUAUAAAACGUCGAAUGAAACGAUCACUGUACGUGUGUACAAUCGAAAAAGCCAAUUCAUUAAUUAAUAGUUUGAUUGAAAAUAAUCGGAUGGCUGAAAUAGGCAUUGUGGUUGUCGAUGAGUUGCACAUGAUUGGUGAAGGACAAAGAGGAGCUAUACUUGAAAGUCUUCUUACUAAAAUACGACUAUUAAAACCUCAACCUCAAAUUGUUGGCAUGUCAGCAACAUUAGCUAACAUUGACGAUUUACUCAAAUUUCUUGAUGCACAAUUCUAUGAAGAACGUUUUCGACCAGUAGAGCUUGAAGAAUAUGUCAAAGUAAAUGAUAUUGUGUAUAAAAUUGAUCGAAAUAAGGCAAAUCACAACGAUGAAUUAAUUGAACAUAGACGAUUGGAUUUCAAAUACACAAAACAAAAUUUGUUAAAUGAUCCGGAUCGAGUUGUUGGUUUGAUUUCUGAAGUUAUUCCAAAUGAUUCAUGUCUAGUUUUCUGCCCAUCCAAGAUCAAUUGUGAAAAUGUUGCACGAUUAAUCAUUAGUUUUAUGCCUGAAAAAUUACUUGAAGAUAAUCGUGAAAAACGUUCUAUUUUACUUGAAACAUUAGUAGAAGUAAAUGAAGGUGAUCUAUGUGAUACACUUAAAGCAGCAAUACCCUAUGGAGUUGCUUACCAUCACAGUGGUUUAACAGGCGACGAACGUCAACUGAUUGAAGAAGCAUUUCUAGAUGGCAUUUUAACAUGUUUAACAUGUACAUCAACACUUUCAACUGGUGUCAAUUUACCAGCAAAAAGAGUUAUUCUUCGAUCACCUUAUGUCGGUAGUCAAUUUUUAACUUUUGCACAAUACAAACAAAUGAGCGGUCGUGCUGGUAGAACAGGCCAAUCUCAAACUGGCGAAUGUUUUGUGAUUGCUCAUGAAAGAGAUAUGAAACAACUGCGAGAAAUGUUAUUUACUAUGGCCGAGAAUAAUACCGGCUGUGACAGUCAUUUAGCGACAAACAAUAGUUAUGCAAUCAAACAACUUCUAUUAAAUGCAAUUAGUCUUCGAAUAUGUUCGACGUAUGAAUCAUUGUUGAAUCUUUUACAAAAAACUCUUCUUGCUUUACAAGCUGAUCGUCUUCAUGUUAAUCUUGAAAGUUUACUUGAUGAAUGUUUACAAUAUCUUAUCGAUGCAAACAUUAUACGCGUCAAAGAAAUAGAACAAAUAAGUGAUGAUAACCAUGUCGAAAAAGUUAAAAAACUAGUUUAUGAAACAACAAAACUAGGCAAAGCAACUGUCGAAGGUAGUGUGGACUUAGGGCUGGCUACAUCAGUAUACAAUCAUUUGGCAACAAGUUUGAUUGAUAUGAAUUUAGAAAAUCCUUUGCAUUUACUUUAUAUUACUAUACCAUUUGAUCUACCUAAUAUGACGAUUGGCUUUCGUCAGCUUGUUGAUCGAAUGCAAGAAAUGAAAAUUGAAGAAAAACUCGUGUUCAAAUUGAUGGAUAUCGAUGACACAUUCUUGCACAAAAAAGCUGUUGGUUUACCAGCACAACAGAAAGUUAGCAAAGAAACCAUGCUUCGCUUUUAUGUUGCUGUGAUGCUUUAUGAUCUAUUCAAAAAUAAAAGCUUUUAUGAUGUUGCAAAAUUUUGGGAUCAACCACGCGGUGGUAUUCAAAAUCUUUUUUCGCAAGUUGCAUCUUUUGCUACCUCAAUAUUUUAUUUUAGUAAAUCUUAUGAUGAAUUUUGGCCUUAUCAACAAUUAUUACCAAUUUUUAUUCAACGUUUAACAUUUUGUACAUCAUUAGAAAUUCUUCCCUUAAUGGAAAUACCAGGAAUAAAAAGAGGUCGUGCUUUACAACUAAUUCGUGCAGGUUAUCAUACACUUCGAAGUUUAGCUAAAGCUCAACCGGAUGAUCUUAUGAAAGUCGUACUUAAUUUACCACUACGAACAGCACAAAUUCUUGUUAAGCAUUCAAAACGUCUACUUUGCGAACAAGCUGAAGAUUUAAGAGAUCAAGCAGCAGCAUUAGUCGAAAAUAUUGAAUAA